GUCCUAACGGCGCGGAAAACGCGCCAAGUUUCCCGUGGCGGAGCGAGCGGCGCCGGGCCGCCCCGUGCGGUCUCCAUAGCAACCGGCGGCGGCCCCCGGGCGGAGGCACCAUGUAGCGGUGGCCGCCCCACGCCGCCCGCCGCCGCCCGCCCGGAGAUGCCGGGGGUGCUCCCGAGCGACGGCAGCGCGCCGCCGCGGGGCAGCCCGUCCAGGAAGAACCGGCUAUCGCUGAAGCUUUUCCAGAAGAAAGAGGCGAAGAGAGCGCUGGAUUUCACCGAGCCGCCGGAGAAUGAGCCGAAGGGCGCGGAGCUCCGCGGCGCAGAGAUUGACCAGGUUGUUCCUGCAGCACAGCCUCCCUCACUUGUCAGCUGUGAGAAGAAGGACAACAUGUUGCCCUUUGUGGGCUUGAAUAAUCUUGGCAACACCUGUUACCUUAACAGCAUUCUUCAGGUAUUAUAUUUUUGUCCUGGUUUUAAAACGGGAGUCAAACAUUUAUAUAAUAUCAUUUCAAAGAAGAAAGAAUCGUUGAAGGAUGAAGGAGAGCUAAAAGCAGAAAAGGGAAAUUGUAAAGAAGAUCCCCUGGCAAGUUAUGAACUGAUCUGCAGUUUGCACUCGUUGAUUCUUUCUGUUGAACAGCUUCAAGCCAGCUUUCUUUUAAACCCAGAGAAAUACACUGAUGAACUUGCUACUCAGCCACGAAGGCUGCUGAACACCCUUAGAGAGCUCAACCCUAUGUACGAAGGCUACUUGCAGCACGAUGCCCAGGAAGUUCUGCAGUGCAUCCUUGGUAAUAUUCAAGAAACGUGUCAGCUACUGAAGAAGGAAGAACUGAAUAAACUGCCCUUGGAAGAGCCCAAAGCUAAAGUGGAGGAAAAAAUCAAUCAAAAUUCCGAGAGCAAUGGAACUGGCCACUCUGCCGAGGAGGAGGAGAACACAGCAAGUAGCCACGGGGGAGAGGUGGCUGAAGAUAAGCUGCCCAAAGGAAAUGGGAAGAGAAAAAGCGAUGCUGAAGGUGGCAACGCAAAGAAAAAGUCCAAAGUAUCGAAAGAACAAAUUGCAGCAGAAGAAAAUCAAAGACAAACCAGGUCAAAGAGGAAAGCAACGGGGGAAAAGCUAGAGAAUCAAACUGAUGCCACUGCCAAGUGUUCCACUGAGAACGAGAGCGCAAAGCCAACACAGAAGAAGUCACGACUUAAAUUAAACUGGUUAAAAUCCUCGUGCAAACAGCCAAGUAUUCUGUCCAAAUUUUAUAGUCUGGGGAAGUUAACUACAAAUUUGGGAUCCAAAGACCCGGUGAAAGAGUACGAUGACUGUGAGCUUGGAGAGUCGUCUGCCAAGUGUGAAAAUGGUAACGAUGUUAAAGAAGGUGGUCACGAACCAACAUCUCCUGUGGAAAGCCAUAGUGAAAAAGGAACUGAAAAAGAACCAAAAAAGGAAGGUACAGAGUUGGCUGUUUUUGAACUAGUGGAGAAAUUGUUCCAGGGCCAGUUAGUACUGAGAACACGAUGCUUGGAGUGCGAGUGCUUUACUGAGAGAAGAGAGGACUUUCAGGACAUCAGUGUUCCGGUGCAAGAAGAUGAACUUUCUAAAAGUGAAGAAAGUUCUGAAAUUUCUCCAGAGCCAAAAACAGAAAUGAAGACUCUGAAGUGGGCAAUUUCACAGUUUGCAUCCGUGGAAAGGAUUGUGGGAGAGGACAAAUACUUCUGCGAGAACUGCCAUCAUUACACAGAAGCAGAGCGCAGCCUUUUAUUUGAUAAAAUGCCUGAAGUUAUAACAAUUCAUUUGAAGUGCUUUGCUGCUAGUGGCUUAGAGUUUGACUGCUACGGUGGACUAUCGAAGAUAAACACUCCCUUACUGACGCCGCUCAAACUGUCGCUGGAAGAAUGGAGCACGAAGCCAACCAAUGACACCUAUGGCUUAUUUGCAGUGGUGAUGCACAGUGGCAUUACAAUUAGCAGCGGACACUACACAGCUUCUGUCAAAAUCACAGAUCUCAACAGCCUCGAGUUAGACAAGGGAAACUUCAUCACCGCCCAAACGUGCGAAACGAUUAAACCAGAGCCACUGAAUGAGGAGGAAGCAAGAACUGUUGCUGAAGACUACGACAACGGUGAAGUCUCUUUCAGAGUCAAUGGCAAUGCGCAGCCAGGUAAAGUUCUGAACAAAAAGAACAUGGAAGCUGUCGGACUUCUUGGGGGACAGAAGAGCAAGUCUGACUGUGACCUGUACAACAGACCAGCAAACAGCGAGAAGGUUCUCAAUGUAGUUACUGAGAACAGAAAUCCCGAGUCCGCCCCUGCUAACGGAAGUGUGGAGUGCAGCACUGAGCACGGCCAUCAGAACGGGGUUGCUUUCAGUGGACUGGAAAACAAAGCUUUGUAUGUCCUGCAGAGCCUGAAAGAGUACGAGGGGAAAUGGUUGCUUUUCGAUGAUUCUGAAGUGAAAGUUACAGAGGAAAAGGACUUCCUGAAUUCUCUUUCUCCCACGUCGGCGUCUACAUCAACUCCUUACCUACUGUUUUAUAAGAAAAUUGUAGAGUGAUACUGUAUUUUGACUGUAAAUAUUAAGGACUCGCAUACACCUGGUGUCUGGUUUGCAUCAGAACUACUUGGAAGAAACAGAUGUUUGUCUUUGAAGCUACUGGAUCCUACAUUUCUGCUCUUUGCAUUGUGUAAGUGGCUCAACUUGAAUUCAUAAACCGUGACGUAGAACUUAACUCACCUAGUAACUUUUAUGCUGGAGAAUAGUGAUAUUACCUUUUAGAAAUACCAGUUUGUAUAGCUCCUAAAGGAUGCCUACAAUACACAGUAGUGGGGUUUUAACACAGCUCUAGUUCUCAGACAUGCCUCUUGUAUUAUUAGCUUUUUUUUAAUAAAAGUUAUUUGUAUUCAUAUUCUGGACUAAAUGUAUAUUAACUAGCAAGUUUCAUCAGAAGUUGUGUAUUUUUGUAACUUGGGAAGUAAUACUUCAUAUAUAGUCCUUGAGUAAUCUAUGUGGUUUACUGACAAAAUGCUCCUUAGCCAAUUCUAAUACUGCUCUGUGCAUCUCCAAGCACAAGAAAAGAGUGUUCACGUUAAAAAAAGAGAACUGAACUUAACAGGAAUGUUUGAAUGGUCUAAUUUGCAUCUUGUUGCAUUGAUGUUAAAUGGGCAAAGUGUGUAAAUAGGUGUGAUUAAUAAUUCCAAACAGAGAGUGUGUAGUGUAAUUAAAAUACUUUUGUACUUCCUAAGAAGAAAGCCCUUUAAUAUGCAUAUCUGUUUGGGUGGAUUUGGAGUUUAGUGGUGAACAUAUAACAGUUAAUUUGUACUUAAAGCUCACUGGAAGGUGGGAAAAUGAAAACAUUUGGCUUGAUGCUUUGUUGAGAAUGUAUAUAUGAAAUAAAAGAAGAACAAUAUGGUAUGCAUUGGA